AAAGCGCUCGAAUCCGCCACCGCCGCGCCAGAUCGAGCCCUCCAGAUUCGAUUCCACGGCCGGCGCGGCGCCUCCUCCCGCACCCGCACAGAUCUGUCCAUCUAUAAUACCAUCGCUACAAGAACUCGCUCCCCUCCGAAACCCGCACCACGCGAACACAAAUCCUGCCGGAUCCUCGCGGGCAUCCCACGCGAAUCGGAGACGGCGGUGGCUGCGUCCUCCUCUUCCGUUGCCAAGGUAGCCGCGGCCGCGGCGGCAGCAGCGGCGAUGGAGUCUGCUUUGCCGCACCAGCACCAGAAGAAGGCGCGGCAGCUGCCAAUGCUCGCCGGGGGCGGGGGUGCCAAGUGCAGCCACCACGCGUACAGCCGCAAACAGAAGUCGCUCGGCCUCCUCUGCUCCAACUUCGUGGUUUUGUACAACCGCGAGGAUGUGGAGUCUAUCGGGCUGGACGAAGCGGCCAAAAGCCUCGGUGUAGAGAGGCGCCGGAUCUACGACAUUGUCAACGUGCUCGAGAGCGUUGGGAUUCUUGUGAGGAAGGCCAAGAAUCGCUACACCUGGUUAGGCUUCGACGGAGUCCCGAUGGCUUUGCGAGAACUCAAGGAGAGGGCGUUAAGAGAGAAGUCCGGGUCUGCUCCUCUGCAAAUGGAGCAGCAAUCUGUUGCCAUUAUGUCGGAUGACGAAGAUGAUGAUAAGUUCGGCGAUCCCGAUGGUGAUAUAGAGAGCGAGAAACUUAGUCAGACUGUGGAUAAUCCUUCUGACAAACCUGGUGCACCCCGUUGUAGGCUUAGAUCUGAUCAUAGGAAGGAGAAAUCACUUGGGUUGCUCACACAGAAUUUCGUGAAGCUCUUCCUCACCAUGGAGGUUGACACAAUAUCACUUGAUGAAGCUGCAAAGCUGCUCCUUGGAGAAGGCCACGAGGAGUCCAAUAUGAGAACUAAAGUUCGGAGAUUAUAUGACAUUGCUAAUGUGCUGUCUUCCUUGAAUCUAAUUGAGAAGAUACAUCAAGCGGACACAAGAAAGCCUGCUUUCCGUUGGUUGGGCAAGGCAGGGAAACCAAAAGCAGAAAACGGUGUCACAGUUGCUGUACAUCCACCAGGGAAGGCUGUAUCGAACAAAAGAAUAUUUGGGACUGAACUCACUAACAUUGGCAUGCAUAGAAGCAACCUGGAUUCAACAAUCCAGAAGAAAGCAAAACUGGCACAGAGUGGUGGUGACGUCUUGAAAAACUGUAAAUUAGCUGUGGAGAGUCGGCUUGGGCAGGGUAACAAGAGUGGCUUUGUUUAUGGACCUUUCCACCCUGCUGGUGCAAGGAAACAGGAGCCAGAUGGUGGUAAUAAAUCAGUGCAAAGGGAGAGGGCUGAGGACUGGGAGAACCUUUCUGCUUCAUUUCGACCACAGUACCAGAACCAAGCCCUCGGUGAUCUUUUCGCUCAUUACGUGGAAGCAUGGAAGUCGUGGUAUUCUGAAUUUGCGCAAGGCAGCAAUAUUAUGCAGCAACGCUUCGACCAGUCUGCUAUUAACCAAUUUUUGUAGGCAAAUCAUAAGCUCAAGCACUGCAGUUCUAGUGCGCGCUUAGGUAUUUGACUGUACAAUUUGUCAAAAGGGGGAGAAAACAAAGACGUGACUUGGCCUAGGGUUCAUUGUAUUUACUCAAUACAGGAUGUCUUUAGGCUGUACCAGUCCAGAAAAUAGAGUGAAGCACGUCUCAUUAUUAACUCACCUCUGUGGGUUCUCUAUUGUUCAUUCUUGUUAAUGUGCUUACCUCUCCUUCGCCAAAUAAAAAAAUGUGCUUACCUCUGUGGGUUUUAGAAUUUGCUGUCACUAGUCAUGCUGCUGAAACUUGAAAUAUAGUAUCUCUUUGUACUUCUUUUGGGACAGAAAUUAACUGUACUCGU